GUCACUGCUGUCGGUUGUAGAUGUAAGUAACGCACAGAACUGCGGGACAGUGAGCGUGGGGAAUAUUACUGUUUACUUCUGAGCAGGGUUUGGGAAGCGCUCGCCUCAUGGAGCUCAUCUCAUGAAAGUUAGCCUUUCUACCGCACGGACCUCUUGAUACAGCGGGUAAACGCUUACAGCACUGGGUUUGUGUUUAUCAAAGGCCCAGGCAGCGGCUCACAGAAGCUCCUCCAGCCCGCUCGACAGGCUUGAGCCCCGGGGCAGCUGAACGCGGAGUCCCGCUCGAGAGCAUGGCUCAAACCGGAGCGCCUCCUCGGUGGAGGAACUGUCCCAGAAGAGGACAACCUGUGGCUGGUAAAUUUCUGCCCAUGAAAACCAUGCUUGGACCUCGGUAUGAUGACAAAGUGCCCGAGGAGAACCGGUUUCAUCCCAGCAUGCUGUCCAACUAUCUCAAAAGCUUGAAGGUGAAGAUGGGUUUGCUGGUGGACCUGACCAACACCAGCCGCUUCUAUGAUCGAGCCGAGAUCGAAAAAGAAGGAAUCAAAUACGUCAAACUUUCCUGUAAAGGCCACGGUGAAUGCCCCACGGCAGAGACUACAGAGAUGUUCAUCAGACUGUGUGAACACUUCAUAGAGAAGACGCCCACCGAGCUCAUCGGCGUUCACUGCACACACGGCUUCAACCGCACGGGCUUCUUAAUAUGUGCCUACCUGGUGGAGAAAAUGGACUGGAGUGUGGAGGCGGCUGUGGCAGCGUUCGCUCAGGCUCGCUCCCCGGGCAUCUAUAAAGGAGACUACCUGAAGGAGCUCUUCCGGCGCUACGGGGAUGUGGAGGACGCCCCGGCCGCCCCCGCUCUGCCCGAGUGGUGCUUCGAUGACGAGGAGGAUGGAGACGGGGAUGACGACGGGAAUGCCAGCGCUCAGGGGUCCGAGCCCAGCUCGUCUCACUCCAGUCAGGGCAAGAAGAAGAAGGAACGGCUAAAAGUGGGCGCUGUGUUUCUGGAGGGGGUGUCAGUCAAAGGAGUCUCUCAAGUCACGUCACAGCCCAAGCUCGGCACCAUCCAGCGCAAAUGUCAGGAGUUCUCCGAGUGGGACAAGUCCGGGUUUCCUGGUGCUCAGCCCGUGUCCAUGGACCGCAGGAACAUCCGUCUGUUGGAGAAGAACGCUUAUAAAGUCAGCUGGAAAGCGGACGGCACACGGUACAUGAUGUUAAUAGAUGGAAAAAACGAAGUCUUUAUGAUUGACAGAGACAACUCGGUCUUUCACAUAGCCAACCUGGAGUUUCCUUUCCGGAAGGAUCUUCGCAUCCACCUUUCCAACACGCUUUUGGAUGGGGAGAUGAUAAUCGACAAAGUGAACGGCCAGCCCGUCCCACGCUAUCUCAUCUACGACAUCAUUAAAUUUACCGGUCAGCCCGUGGGUCAGUGUGACUUUAACAGGCGUCUGCUGUGCAUCGAGAAGGAGAUCAUCUCCCCACGGUUCGAGAAAAUGAAGCUGGGACAGAUUGAUAAAGCCAGCGAGCCCUUCAGCGUCAGGAAUAAGCCUUUCUUCGACAUCCACGCUGCACGCAAGCUCCUGGAGGGCAGUUUCACCUCGCAGGUCAGCCAUGAAGUUGAUGGUCUUAUCUUCCAGCCUAUAGGGAAAUAUAAGCCGGGCAGAUGUGAUGACAUCCUGAAGUGGAAGCCGCCCAGCCACAACUCUGUCGAUUUCAGACUGAAGAUCACCAAAGUCGGCGGCGAGGGGCUGAUCCCGCAGAUGGUGGGUCUCCUGUACGUGGGGAGCUAUGACAUGCCCUUUGCACAAAUGAAGAUAUCAAAGGACCUGAAACAGUACGAUAAUAAAAUAAUCGAGUGCACGUUUGUCAAUAACACCUGGGUGUUCAUGCGGCAGAGGGUUGACAAGAGCUUCCCCAACUCAUAUGACACAGCCAUGGCUGUGUGCAACAGCAUCCAACACCCCGUCACAAAGCAGAUUCUCUUCGAGUUCCUGGACCGGUGCGCUCAGAUGCAGGCCCGCAAGCACCCGGCCGACUCCGAGCUGAUGCCCCCCCCGCCCCCGAAGAGAGCCAACCACAGCAUCCCGCAGUAGCGCAGCGUCAUCCCGCGGGACACAACUCUACCAGUUUGAUAUUUUUUUAUUCCCAAAAUGUUCCGCAGCUCUGCCGGUCCACGCCGCAAGAGGAGAGACUUUUGCAGAACGUUGUGUUUUUUGGCCUGACUUUGGCUUC